UUCGAAAAUCUGCGGCACGAAGAAAAGAUGAUGAGAGCGAAUGCAACGGUUUUCCUGUAAUCGAACGCACGUUCCACUCCAUCGCCAGGCUACAAAUCCCCAUAAUUCUAUCAAUCAACGCCUUUGAUUGAUCGAUCGAUAGCAGAAGGAACCCGAAUCGUCCAACCACAAAGAAAUCAGGAACGAUGACAGCGACAAAACCAUCCUCACUCCAACAAGCCCUGAUGGAACUCCCGGACAACGAGAGGACUUUGUCCAGAGAUAAUGCGGAAUCCCCAAAAGGCACGUAUUCCAGAUCAAAUAGUAGCAACAGCCUUGCGUCCUCCAAGAAAACAAAAGGACGCUACUGCAGAACCACCAGCAGUAACAGCAUUUCUUCUUCCAAGAACGUUUUGAGAUCUUCCAGGUCGUCGUCGUCGCUGCAGAAAGAGGUGGUCCGAAUGAACGCCACGAGCUUUUUAGAACAAUACGAAGAGCAGGCAGAAAGCAGAGGGAAAAUCCGGCUGUAGUGUGAAGUGUUGUCCAGAAAUGAUAGAACAGAAAAUAGAAUGCUGAUUAGAGUACUACAGCUGACCAUUGACGAAUACGAAUUCCGCAGCAUGGGUGCUUACUGGACGAAUUUGAUGACGAUUAUCAUUUCACUGUCCUCCGGAUAUAUUUUGGAGAAUUACUUUGGUUCGGAGAAGGAAAAAAUCGUGGAUCGAUUCCAAAAUGCAUAACGAAAGAAAAAAAAAACAGGAUUGAUAUUUUAAUGGUGAUGAUUGAUUGAAUCAUUCAUUUCACAUAACAUAAAAUGGUAGACACAAGGUAUUUCGCAAAGACUUGCUGUAUUGACAUUCCGACCUAUCUAACUAUCCAAGAAAUGCGUUUACUGUUG